GGUUAGAAGCAAGGUUAAGAAGGAUAACGACUACAGGCAUGGUGGUUUUGAUCGGAACUUUGAACGUCCACCGCGGGUUGAGAAUACUCUAAGGGAUGCAACUAUGAUCGUCGUCGCGUCGAGAAGGAAGUAUCUGGGGACAAUAGUAUGCUAUUGGAGGAAGACGAGGAAGAAGCGACGAGUCCGCGCGCCCCCGCAAACUCAUCGUACAUCAAUUGAGAGAGGGCAGGAAGGGAUACGAUCGAGAAAGAGAAAGUUGUGAAAGCCGGGGAUACCUGAUUUAAUUCCCAGGCAAUUCGAGUCGAUCAGCAUCGACAAACAGCCGCAGGGUAUCUCGUGAAACAUGCACGAAUGGGAAGAAAGUCAAAUAUACGAUUGGGAAAGAGGGCCCAAGCAGCCGAUCAAGUGUUCGGGUGAGAAUGGGGUGCUUCGAGAUGACUUCAACCUUUGGCGGGUUAUGGGGACCAAGUCCGCACAUCUUGGGAGCGAUGAUUGUGUUUGUACCGUAUCUGCAGUAUCCUUGAUGAGAAGUUUAGCACCAGAAUCACCCUGGAGAAGCUAUGAAAUCGACGUCGGGGACGGAGAACUACAAGUAUCCACAGAAGGCCGAUCGGGAAGCUCGAGUCGACCGGAUGAAUCGAUGGCAUCCCUCAGUGAUGCUAUGGUCGACUCUUUGGGGGAGGAGGAUUGCGCACGUGGGACGACGUAUCGAACGGAGCUUAGGUCGAGGGACAAAACGACGAGGGUUCAUAUUGUACCCACGGCGUCCUCUUGGUCGCCAUCGGCAGUGAAAUCCUUAAUCGAAGACUUCAGGGUGUUUGAUAAACCACCGCAGUUCGCAAGUGGAGUAUGGCUUUACAUGAGUAAGUGGGUUGAUUUGGAGAGGAAAGAUAAGGAGUUACGUGGGGUUGGUGGAAGAUUGCCUGAAAGGGAUGAUUCGGAGGAGGGUGCUUGGUCCAUUUUUAUGCAUAGGAAGCGAGUGUGGUGUUGCAUAAUUGGACUUAAAGGGGACCUUGAGGUAAUCAAUGCGAUAGCAUUGGAGGUAAAUGUCAAGGAUCAAAUUAUAUAUAUGGAUGUAGAGAGGAGGGAUGAAGAGUCUGGUAGCCAUGGUCUCAAUGAUAUGAGUUAUGCCUUUGGAGUAGGUUCGAGAGAAGUUGAAGCGUACGGUGAUGGAAGGAUGAAUGGAACGCUCAGCUGGAGGAAUGGUAGUUAUUGGAAUUAGUACUCCAUGAAAUGUAGGCUAAAUCUGGAAUGGGAUGAUUAUUGCUCAAUGCAUGGACCGCAACCGUGGGCCAACAAGUUGGGAAGUAGAAGCAAAGUGGGAGUCAUUGGUUCGGCCGCGUUGGACGAGGAGUUGGCUUUCAUUGGAGCUGGUAAUGACGGAGGAAUCGAUUUGGUGCACAAGCUGAAUUGGAAGUAUCGAAAGCGCGAACUUUUUGGACAAGGUUCUUUUAAGGGGGGAGGGAUGUUACGAGAUCGGGCCAUCAUAGCAUUUCGUAGGAGACGGGGCUUGCGUAUCUUUAGUAUUUUAUUUUUAGUACACUAUUGGGCUUUUAUUAUUAUUGUCUUUAUUAUUUUUUACGUUGUUCGUAUAGGAUUUGGUUAUUUGUUAGUACUAUCCUUAGAGGUUUAUGAGUCAUAAUCUAGAUAGGUGAAGGUAGAGGCUUUGUGCCUAUAAAUAUGUACUUAUAUC